ACAGAGGAUCUGCUACAGGACAUUUUGGAUUUCUUCUCUUCGGUCGUUUUGUCCUUAAAUUAAACAGCUAAAAUCUUAGGAAAGUAGCAGUUUACAUAGACAACCAGUCAAACGAACAAUAAUGAAGAAAUAUAUCCAGUUACCAGAGUAAUCGACAGCAAUUUACUGCUUUGACAGCUAAUCUAGCUAGUUAGCAAGCCAGAGGAUCUCAACCAGACGUGUGACCAAGUAGUCACACCCUAAUCUGGGGACUCAUGAGUGAAAUGUAGACCAGAGUAAUGCAACAUGAAGUAGGACUUUUGUGAUCGUGAAAGACAUUCACUAGCAAAAAGAACACGCGCAGCAGUUUUUUCAGAACCUGGACAUGGCUGCCUCAUCAUGCUACAGCCACAGCCGUUCGCGAGAUAGCGCUUGCCAGCCAGUCGGCUAAAUUCACUAGCUACACCAGAGUAAGAAAAUAAUUCGUUUGUGUGUUUUUGCACAUAUAAUAUUGUGGUAAUAUGAAUUUACCGAUGUAUACAUUUGUCGCUCGAGACGACAACAGUACUAUUUAUGCUGAAGUUUCCAAAAUUCUCGUCGCUACUGGACAAUGGAAGAGACUGAAAAGGGAUAAUCCCCGAUUCAACUUGAUGUUGGGCGAACGGAACAGACUGCCAUUUGGACGGCUUGGUCAUGAGCCUGGACUGAUGCAACUGGUGAAUUAUUACAGAGGAGCAGACAAGUUGUGCCGUAAAGCAUCUUUAGUCAAGUUAAUCAAGACUAGCCCGGAGCUUCCAGAUCCCGGCAACUGGUUGCCUGAAUCCUACAUCAUCUAUCCUACUAACCUCAACACUCCCAUCGCUCCUGCAAAGAAUGGCAUGAGCCACCUGAAAAGUAACCCCAAGACGGAUGAAAGAGAAGUUUUCCUGGCCUCUUAUCACUCAAGGAAGGAAAGCGGAGAGGGAACAGUGUGGAUCGCCAAGUCAUCUUCUGGAGCAAAAGGUGCUGGUAUUUUGAUAUCCCAUGAUGCAAAUCAAUUGCUGGAGUUCAUUGAUAAUCAAGGGCAGGUUCAUGUCAUUCAGAAGUACCUAGAAAGACCACUACUGUUGCAACCUGGCAACCGUAAAUUUGACAUCAGGAGCUGGGUGCUCGUGGACCAUCAGUACAACAUCUACCUUUACCGGGAGGGUGUGCUGCGGACGGCGUCGGAGCCCUAUGACAGCUCCAACUUCCAGAACGUGACCAGCCACCUGACCAACCACUGCAUCCAGAAAGAGCACUCGCAGAACUAUGGCCGCUACGAGGAGGGCAACGAGAUGUUCUUCGACGAGUUCCGGCAGUACCUACUGAGCAUGCACAACAUAGUGCUGGAGACCAACAUUUUACCUCAGAUCAAGCAGAUCAUACGGAGCUGUCUGACAUGCAUUGAGCCUGCCAUCAGCACUAAGCACUUGUCCUAUCAGAGCUUCCAGCUCUUCGGCUUUGACUUCAUGGUGGACGAGAGCUUCAAGGUGUGGCUGAUAGAGAUCAAUGGAGCUCCGGCCUGCGCACAGAAACUCUACCCGGAGCUAUGCCAAGGUAUUGUGGACAUAGCCAUCUCCAGUGUCUUCACUCUGAACAACGAUUCUGAACCACGAUCAUCUUCCUCCUCCCCUGCUCCCUACUCCUCCUCCCCCUCAUUUUCUACUCUCACCUCAUCCACCUGUUCCUCUCCGAAAUUGAGAGGACCCCUCCAUGUGGGCCCAUUCACCCGAUUGUAAGUCUCCCCUCCUCUGCUUCAGAAGUUCCACCCUCUGCUCCUCACUUCUAGGCUUUUCUGAGAGGUCCCUCAGGCCAGGAAGCUUGCCAUCUCAUUGGUUCUUGCUUGGCAAGUUUUGUCUCAAAGUGGAUGACCCUUGUGAUUGACUGAAGAUUGAAUGUGGGACCUUCUCGUAUGUGCUACCAGAUUCUCCUCUCUCAUACACCACAGUGGAAGGGCAUUUCAGAGGAAAGCCUGGGCGGACAUGCAGAAUAUGAAUGUGUGGAGACUUGGUGAAUGUUUGGGUGAGGAUGAUGAAUGGGCGACAGACUGAUGACAGGUUUGCUGCCACUGAGACUCCUCUAGACUGUGUAUGGACGACCUCUGAAGAUGGAGGGGAUGCUUGACUUACUAUACAGACUUUAGUGCCUUACCCAUACCCACUUAAAGAUGCAACCUGACGAUUUAGCAUAGCAUUUCUGCUACUGUGUGUGUCAUGUGAGCCAGUGUAUUGUCGGUCAGGCAAGUGUGUAUGUAUGCGCGGUGUAGUCUUUUUCUCUGGGUUUGGAGAUCUUUGGAUUUAUCCACAAAAGUUAGCAUCCUUCUUUAUUUCAUAUCAUGGUUAUUCACAAAGCCCCGGAGAGUUUUGUGUACUGUAGUUUAAACAAGUAUUAAAGCAGAAAAUAUGUUGC